UUUUAUAUCUCAUUAUAAUUAUAAGUAUAUAUAAUUUAAAUAACAAGAAAUAAUUUUAAGUUUAAUAUAAAGCUAUGAUUUAGUUUUGCCUGCACUUGCUUAAUGUUAUUUUUAACUCGUUACGCUAUAGUAAGCGCGAAGUAGUGCAAAAGAUACUACGAAUUUAUUCGUAAGUUUUUACUUGCUUUUUUAUUAAAUAAUCUAUUGAAAAUUUAAUUUUAUUAAUUAAUAAAUUUAAUGAUGUUUAUGGACUUCGUUAAGUGUUCGAAAUAUAAAUUUAUAAAGAGUUGUUGCAGCAAAAAGUCGUCAAUGAAUGGUGAUAAUGAAAGUAAUGAUUUUCAUAAUAAAAAUUACAUGUUUCUUGAGCAAAAAAAUAAUUUUCAAACUAUUAAUUCCGUUAUUAAUGUAAAAUCAUUAUAUUCUGUUAAAAAUAAAUGUUAUGAUAAUUAUUCAAAGUUGCAUUUAUCAUGGACAAAUAAAACAAAUUCUAUACAUCAAUUUUUUAAAUUACCUUAUGAUAUGAAAAUUCAAAUAAGUGAUCAAAAUACAUAAGAUAAAACUUUUUCUUUCCUGGAAGAAAAUAAAGAUUUUCAAUGUCCUAGAUGUAAUCAAAGUAUGCAAGAACCUAGAUUAUUUCCUUGCUUGCAUCCUAUAUGUUCAUCAUGUGUUUCAAAGUUAAUGAAUAUAUCAUUUUCUAAAUUUUCAAAAGAUAUUACAAUCCAAAAUUUUCAAUUGAAAACUAGUGAAAGUAAUUAUUAUGAAACUUGUCCUUUGUGUGAUUUUCAAUUACCAAAUGCUAAUUCGGUAAUUCCACCUCCACAUUAUAUCCUUCAACAUCGUUUAAUAAUGAAUGCUAUCCAUUCUAAAUUUGCAAAUAAAAUACUUUGUGAUAUUUGCAAAGAUGAAAUUGUUGCAAUGGUUCAGUGUUCCACAUGUUUUCACAAUUUUUGUUUAGAUUGUGAUAUAGAACAUUAACAACAAAUUACAAUGGAAUUAAAACCACUAAAACAUUCAUUAAGACCGUUAUGGGAAGCUACAAAAGUAUGACGUACUGUACUUUGUCAGAAACAUCCUACAUAUGCCUUACAUUUUUAUUGUAUUGCAUGUCAACAGGUAUCCUGUGAAGAAUGCAUAUGGAGCAUUCAACACAGAGGUCAUGCAAGUGAAAAUGCUAUUGAAGCUGCAAAACAAGUUAUUUGGUACUUAACAAAAAUGCUUCAAAAAGCAAAAAUACUUUUAAAUAUGCUUUUAAUCCAAUAUGAUCAAGAUGCAUUUUUAAAUACUUCUGAAGAAAUAAAUAAUAUUUUCAUUUCAAUGAAUUAUAGGUAUAUCAAAUAUAAUAAU